AUGUCGAAGUACUCCAAGUUCUGGCCCAAGGGUGGUCUCCCUGGCAUCUUGCAUCACUACACGGAGACCCUCGUGACAUUUGAAUACACUUCCAGUGCCGCGGCUCGUCAACCACACAGUCUCCUCUUCAUCGGCGGCCUAGGCGACGGCCUCGCCACAACCUCCUACACAGCCGACCUCGUCCGUGCUCUCGCGCCAACAGAAUGGUCCUUCUUCACCAUCAACCUCACCUCGGCAGGCCAGGCAUGGGGCGUGGGCCACCUGGACCGUGACACGGACGAGAUCGCGCAAUGCGUACGCUACAUCCGCGAGUACAAGGCGGCCAAGUACGGCGUCGGCGAUGAGGCCAAGGUAGUUCUCAUGGGCCACUCCACCGGCAGCCAGUGCGUGCUGCACUACCUGUACCGGCCCAACCCGCACACGAGCACGCCGUCGUUUGACCCCUGGCUCGAGCACGUCGAGCGCCUUCCCGUCGACGGCGCCAUCAUGCAGGCCCCCGUGUCGGAUCGCGAGGCCAUCGGGUGGGUGCUACAACAUGGCAUCGGUGAUAGAUCGCCCGAAAGCUGCCGUGAGGCGUACGCCGCUAUGGAGGCCCUGGCCAAGGAAGCGGCCCGUGAGCGCAGGCUGGACGGCGCGAUGCUGCCCACUGCACUGACGGACAGGAUAUACCCUCCCAACACGCCCAUCAGCUGUCGGCGAUUCCUCAGUCUUGUUAGCCCGGACAGUCCUCACUCACCUGGUGAGGACGACUUGUUCAGCUCUGAUCUCGGCGAGGAGCAGCUGAGCAAGACGUUUGGUGCAGUUCACAGAGGCGGUCUGUUGAGGCACAAGCUGAUGGUGCUGCACUCUGGGGCGGACCAGUCAGUGCCGGACCACAUUGAUAAGGAGAAGUUGAUCGCGAAAUGGGGCGAUAUCGCGGAUCGCAACGGAGAGUGCCAAAUUUGGGACCGAGAACAUAGCGGUGUGAUACCCAAUGCCUCCCAUGCGCUGAGCAACGAUGAUCAGGCGGAGCCGAGGCAGUGGCUUAGUCGCAGGGUGUUGAGCUACUUAGACACAGCGUUGAAGGUGAAGAAGCAAGAGUAG